UAGUGCAGGGGGUCAACUGAAACAAGAUCGCGCUUCAUCUUCGCCGCCUAGUAAUUGUCGUUCCGCUGGCGGUUUUAAGGAACGAUCGAUACCGCUUGACGACUCUCUAAUCGAUCAUCGAGGACGAGCACGCCGAUCUGGAAUUGGCUCGCUAUCUUCAUCGUGUCAAAGUGGAGGUUCACAACAUCAUGAAGUGCGUCACGACUCUGCGGCAACUCCAGAAAGUAACAAGACUGCGGAGAACGUCGAUGCCACUCUCCGUAGUACAUCAACCGAGCAACCUCUCUCUGCAAUAGCAAGAACACCUGAUGCUGAGCCGAUUGUCAUAAAUGUCGAUGCAGAAGCAACUUUUUUGCCGGAUGCCGCAAAUCGAGACGAUCCCUUGAUGCGACCUGCACGUGGAGGUACACAAGACGAAGGUAGUACUAGCAAUUCCGUCCCUGCAUCGUGUGACCUCACGAUGGGUGAACCCGCUACAUCAUUG